AUGUUUUAGGCCCAUCGCUAGCAAGAGAUUAUCAAGAAUAUGAAUAAAGAUCAACUAGUUAUCAGUGAGGAUGAUCCCGAAGACUUAUUUGAGCUUCUAGACUAACUAGGUGAAGGAAGUUACGGUGAAGUUUUCAAAGCUCUGCAUAAAUAAACAGGAAAUAUAGUGGCAGUGAAAAUCAUCCCUGUCUCAGCUGACAUUGAGAGUUUAAAAAAAGAGAUAUCCAUACUUAAGUAAUGCAAGAGUCCAUACAUUGUGCAGUACUAUGGAAGCUACUUAAAGGACAAUGAUUUAUGGUUGAUUCUCGAGUUUUGCAAUCCUGGCAGUGUUGCUGAUCUUAUCAAAAUAACAAAAAGAACUUUGAAUGAGACAGAAAUUGCAAGUAUAUGUUAAGCUGUCCUGCGAGGACUUGAAUAUCUUCACGACACAAACAAGAUUCACAGGGAUAUAAAGGCUGGAAACAUUUUGCUUGAUCAUCAAGGUAACGCUAAACUAACUGACUUUGGAGUUUCAGCUUAACUUAUCAACACUUACCAGAAAAAGAAUACCCUGACUGGUACUCCUUACUGGAUGAGUCCUGAAGUAAUAUCAAACUCUGAGUAUAAUAAGAAAACAGAUAUCUGGUCUUUAGGAAUCACUGCUAUUGAAAUGGCUGAAGGCGAUCCACCUUACUCACAUAUUGCUAGUAUGAGAGUGAUGUUCGUUAUCAAGAAAAAACCUGCUGAAGGAUUAUCUAAGCCAGAUAUGUGGUCCCCUGAAUUUAAUAAUUUUGUAAGAAAAUGCUUGACUGUUGACCCCAAACGCAGACCUACAGCCAAAGAAUUGCUUCUUGACCCAUUCAUAUCUAAAUCUAAGGGCUCUGCUUUGCUCUCAGAAUUAGUUGCUAACUCUUUAGAAGAGAUUGAAAGAUACAGACUUAGAUAAAAUAAUCCAGAUGGCAAUUCAUAUCAGUAUGAGGGCUCAGAAGUUAAUGAUUUUAAUGAUGGAGUCUAGACUUACGUCCCAUUGUCACAAUCUCAAAACACUAUAAAUUCUUAGCAAACUGGAACAAUAAGAUAAAAUCCUAGAAAAAAUAAGAAUAAAGACUAACAAACGUUAUAAUCAGUCAUCUAAGAAGGAGAAGAGGUAGAUAUAGGAACUUGUAGAACUAUCCUAGUAGAGAAUUUCCAAGCAGAAGUAGAAAGAGAUGCUAAUGGAGUUGAGGAAGAGCCCUAUUUUAUGAAAUUUAUUAAGAAUUAGAACAUCCAUUAUGUGAAUAAUGAAUACUUGUAGGAUCAUUUUGCAGAAGAUGAUGAAUAGUAGACAAACAUGGAGUAGUAAUAUAUAUAGGGAAGUAAUAAUCCUUAGCUUGUCAACGAGUAAUAUGAGCUUCCUCAAGAACUUUAAGGACUAAAUGAAGCAUAGUUAGAUCAAAAUGUAGCUAGAUUAAAGAUUGCAAUGGAGGCUGAACUUGAAGUGAUAAGAUUGAGAUAUUAGGAGAAAAUUGAUUACUUUGAAAAAGCUCUUCAAUACGUUCAAGCACAUCCCAGCAAAAAUAAUGGAGGGAAAUCGUAGUAGAAUGUAGGAGGUGGAAAUUUAUAUAUGUCCUCCUAGUAAUAAUAAAUAAACACCCUUAUUUCCAAGAAGCCUUAACAGCUAAAACAAAACCCGCCUCAAGUAUAAUAAUAAAACAUGAUUAAUUAGUCGAACUAAUAGAACUUGCAUUAGCACUAGCAUAUGCCAGCUCAAUUGAAUAAUAAUCCUUAAAAGCAACCUUCUCAAGUAAAAGUUGGCUAGAUACCAUUGUCUAAUUUGCAAAAUCACCAAUAAAAUCAUUAAAUUUCAAGUAAUAGAGGUAUUACAUCGAUUUAGCACAGCCAACAGCAAAAUUCAGUCAGGAUGAGUAUGAAUUAGAAAGGCACAAUAGUCUCAGUCAAAUAGUAAAGAUGA